UUGAGAGGAUCUGCAAAUAUCCCGAGUGGAGUAAUCAAGACGAAUUAGACUACCGAUGACCUACACUGACCGAGUAUUUCAUCAAUACUGUUCCCUAGAAAAGUUUAAUGGUGCAGUAUAACUUGUCAUAGGUCAACAGAGAAAAUGUCAGGAAACAGCCUGGUUUUACCCAUAGUGCUGUGGGGCCGGACGGCGCCCACUCACUGCAUCUCCAGCCUGCUGGUCAUGGAUGACCUCGCCACCAUCAUCACCGGCUGCCACGAUGGACAGAUCUGCAUUUGGGACAUGACCUCUGACCUCGAGAUCAGUCCCAGGGCCAUGUUGUUCGGUCACACAGCCUCCAUCACCUGCCUGUCUAAAGCCAGCCCCUGCAGUGACAAACAGUACAUCGUCAGCGCCUCAGAGAGUGGGGAGAUGUGCUUGUGGGAUGUCAACGAUGGACGCUGUAUUGAGUUCACUAAGCUGGCCUGCGCUCACACCGGGAUCCAGUUCUACCAGUUCACCAUCGGUACGCAGCGUGAGGGUCGUCUGCUGUGUAAUGGACAUUACCCAGAGAUCCUAGUGGUGGACGCCACCAGCCUGGAGGUCCUCUACUCCCUCGUCUCUAAGAUCUCUCCUGAUUGGAUCAGCUCCAUGAGCAUCAUACACUCACAUCGCACACAAGAGGACACAGUGGUAGCAGUAUCGGUCACUGGGAUACUGAAGGUGUGGAUCAUCACUCAGGAUGUCAACAGGAUGCAGGAUCUGGAUCCAGUGUUUGAGGAGGAGUCUAAGCCCAUCUACUGUGGGGGCUGUCAGAGCAUCUCCUUCUGCACCUUCACACAGCUCUCUCUGCUAGUGGUCUGCUCCAAGUACUGGAGGGUGUUUGAUGCGGGGGACUAUUCCUUGCUGUGCUCAGUGCCCAGUGAGAACGACCAGUCCUGGACCGGAGGAGACUUCAUCGCCGCCGACAAGAUCAUCAUCUGGACCGAGGACGGAUGCUCGUACAUCUACAAGCUCCCCGCCAGCUGCCUGCCUGCCAGUGAACACUUCCGUACUGAUGUAGGAAAGACCGCCGAAGGCUCCAUCCCACCUCUGGUGUACAGCAUCGCGGACCGCACAGACAAACAGCUCCUCAUCUGUCCCCCGGUGACACGGUUCUUCUACGGCCGUCGGGAGCCCUUCCACAAGCUGCUGGUCCAGGGAGAUUCAGCCGGACGCCUCACCCUCUGGAGCAUCCCAGACACCUCGCCCCUGCAGCCCCUCUCCACCGCAGCAGAGCUCCAAGUGUCCUCCACCAUCUCCCUCCAGGAGGCCUUUGACAAGCUUGCUCCCCUGUCGGCGGGCAUCAUAGACCAGCUGAGUGUGACGCCCGGGUCGGAGGAGCCCAUCAAGGUGACGGCCAGCGUCUACAUCCCCUCCCAGGGCAGGCUGGUGUGUGGCAGAGAGGACGGAAGCAUCAUCCUGGUCCCCGCCACACAGACCGCCAUCGUACAGCUGCUGCAAGGAGAACACAUGCUGCGGAGAGGUUGGCCCCCUCACCGCACCCUGCGGGGUCACCGUAACAAAGUGACGUGCCUGCUGUACCCCCACCAGGUGUCCCCUCGCUACGACCAGCGCUCCCUGGUCUCCGGCGGUGUGGACUUCAGCGUCAUCGUCUGGGACAUCUUCACUGGGGAGAUGAAGCACGUCUUUUGUGUCCACGGGGGAGAGAUCACACAGAUCCUGGUCCCGCCUGAGAACUGCAGCAAUCGUGUUCAGCACUGUGUGUGCUCUGUGGCCAGUGACCACUCCGUGGGUCUGCUCAGCCUGCGGGAGAGGAAGUGCAUCAUGCUGGCGUCUCGACACCUCUUCCCCAUCCAGGCCAUCAAGUGGCGGCCCUGUGAUGACUACCUGGUGGUGGGCUGCUCUGAUGGCUCAGUGUAUGUGUGGCAGAUGGACACAGGUGCGUUGGACCGUUGCGUGAUGGGCAUCACGGCUGUAGAGAUCCUGAAUGCGUGUGACGAGGUGGUGCCGGCCGCUGUGGACGCUCUAAGCCACCCUGCGGUCAACCUGAAACAGGCCAUGACACGACGCAGCCUGGCUGCGCUCAAGAACAUGGCCACGCACAAACUACAGACCCUGGCUACCAACCUACUGGCUGCAGACAACGCAGACAAGGGCAACCUGCAGAAGUACUCCAACAACAGUCUGGUGGUGCAGGCCAUGAAGACCAAUCUGACAGACCCUGACAUGCACGUCCUGUUCUUUGACGUGGAGUCUGUGAUCAUCCAGCUGCUGACGGAGGAGGCCCAGCGGCCCAACCCCACCCUGGUCUCCCCAGAGACCCUCCAGAAGGCCCAGGGAGCAGCCGACAAAGGAGGGUCCUUCCUCGCCAACAAGAUCUUCAAACAGGUGAAGGAGACGAUGAAGGAGACCAUUAAGGAGCACCUCCUGGAUGAAGACGAGGAGGAAGAGGAGGAGAUGAGACGUGAGGAGAAGUCUAAGUCUCUGUCGCUGUUGGAGUAUAACCUGACUAUGGACACGGCCAAACUGUUCAUGUCCUGUCUCCACGCCUGGGGCCUCAACGGACCCCUGGACGAGGUGUGUCUGAGCAGACUGGGCAUGCUCAAACCCCACUGCCCCAUCUCCUUCGGUCUCAUAUCCCGCGGAGGUCAUAUGUCUCUCAUGCUGCCCACCUUCAAGGAGUCCCUGCUGCGUCAGAUGGCCCUUUCCACGGGCAGGAAGUUGUCCCUGUCAGAGAUGGUUGGCAAAGGGACAUACGGAGUGUCCCGGGCCGUGACUACCCAGCACCUGCUCUCUGUCAUCUCAUUGGCUAACACCCUGAUGGGCAUGACCAAUGCCACCUUCGUGGGAGAACACAUGAAGAAGGCACCCGUCAGGCCUCCUAGACCCGGGACCCCUGAGACCCCCAAAAAGACUGCAGCACCCCCCCAGGUGUCUAGUCCGGCCGUGCAGGGACAGAUCAAACAAGCCGCUGCUGUUGCUGCUACUACCAGUACUACCAGUCCUGGCAUUGGGGCUUUUCCCCCAAGUCCAACUGCUUUCCAUUGUCCCUCAGUCAACGAAGGUUGGAGCCAGCUGGCUGCUAUGCACUGUGUGAUGCUGCCUGACCUGCUGGGCCUGGACAAGUUCAGACCACCUCUUCUGGAGAUGUUGGCGCGCCGCUGGCAGGACCGCUGUCUGGAGGUGAGAGAAGCGGCCCAGGCCCUGCUCCUGGCUGAGCUGCGGAGGAUUGGUCAGUCAGGCAGGAAGGACACCAUCGACCUGUGGGCCCCCUACCUGCCCCAGUACGUGGAUCAAGUCAGCUCACCGGGACCCUCCGCUGACGCCGCCGUGCCGUCCCCACCCCUUCCUGAUACCCUUCCUGUGGAAACACAGCUCCCCACUGCCGAAGAGAUGGAAGUCACGGACGAUGACAUCAUAGCAGGCUGUCUGUCCAACCUGCCUCCCAACACCAAGAAGAUCUGCAACUCGUAUGAAGAGCGUCGUAAGCAGGCCACCGCCAUCGUCCUGCUGGGGGUCAUCGGGGCGGAGUUCGGGGCGGAGCUGGAACCCCCUAAGCUGCCGUCUCGUGCCAGGACCAGUGGACAGGCUCCAGAAGGUUUUGGACUGACUACUGGAGGGUCCAACUACUCUCUGGCCAGACACACCUGUAAGGCCCUGACGUUCCUCCUCCUGCAACCCCCCAGCCCCAAGAUGCCCCCCCACAGCACCAUCCGCCGUACAGCCAUAGACCUGAUUGGUCGAGGCUUCACCGUGUGGGAGCCUUAUAUGGACGUGUCCGCUGUUCUCAUGGGACUACUGGAGCUGUGUGCUGACGCAGAGAAACAGCUGGCCAACAUCACAAUGGGCCUGCCCCUCAACCCAGCAGCCGACUCGGCCCGCUCAGCACGCCAUGCUCUCUCUCUCAUCGCCACAGCCAGACCACCGGCAUUCAUCACAACCAUCGCCAGAGAGGUUCACAGACACACAGCCAUGCAGGCUAACUCCCAGUCGCAGCAGAAUGUCCACACCACCUCUCUGGGCCGAGCCAAGACUGAGAUCAUCAGGGUCAUAGAUAUCCUCAUUGAGAAGAUGCCGACUGACGUCGUGGACCUGCUGGUCGAGGUAAUGGACAUCAUCAUGUACUGCAUCGAAGGCUCUCUGGUAAAGAAGAAAGGGCUGAAUGAAUGUUUCCCUGCUAUUUGCAAGUUCUACAUGGUGGGAUACUGCGACCGGAGUCACCGUAUUGCCGUGGGGGCCCGCCAGGGUUCAGUGGCCCUUUAUGAUGUCCGCACGGGCAAGUGCCAGAACAUCCAUGGUCAUAAGGGUCCUAUCACAGCGGUGUCGUUUGCUCCUGACGGGAGGUACCUGGCCACCUACUCUAACGCGGACAGCCACAUCUCCUUCUGGCAGAUGAAUACGUCUCUGCUGGGCAGUAUUGGCAUGCUGAACUCUACCCCUCAGCUGAAGUGCAUCAAGACCUACCAGGUCCCCCCGGUACAGCCUGCCUCUCCUGGCUCUCAGAACGCCCUGAAGCUGGCCCGCCUCAUCUGGACCUCUAACCGGAAUGUCAUCCUCAUGGCCCACGACGGCAAGGAGCACCGCUUCAUGGUCUGAGGCGGGUCAGGGGACGAGGUCACUGUGGGUUAGAGGUUAAACGGUCACCACCAAGAGGGAGUGGGGGGGGCCUACUAACUCACCACAACCAGGAAGUGAUUGAGAUGAGAAGGCUUUGCAUCAAUCGUUUACAUUGAUUACUAUUACUGCUAUUUCAUGUUCCUGUUGUUUACACUGUUUAAUUCCUCCACUAUAUCUAAUUGUUGUUGUUCCUCUCCAGAUGUUUCCUUUCCUCUGUUAUUUAAAGUGAAACACCGCUAGUGUUGCUGUCUAGUCUGGUCUUUUCAAACCAGGAG